ACGCUGGCAGUACCAUCAACAGUCAUCCGUUCGUUCUGCCAGCGAGUGCACGUGUGUGUUUCAAACGUUUUUCCCUUUUACUGUCGUCGAUACCGUUCCGGGUUCCGUGUACCGGGGGUGUGUGUGUGUUCAUGUGUUUGGCGUAGGCCUUGUGAUCUAUUCGACACACAAAGGAACGAUCGUGUUGCAUCCUGUGCAAAAGGUGCAUUUCUGUUGUCAUCGCAGCCAACGAGCCAGACAAGCGCAUACAAAAUGUCGCGUACGCUGGAACUGUCGCCCAAUGCGCACAUCAACAAGUCGCUGCUCGACAAGUACAUGGCCUUGCCGAUGCCGGACGGUAAGAUUCAGGCGACGUACAUCUGGAUCGAUGGCACCGGCGAGAAUGUCCGCUGCAAGGACCGUACGCUCGACUUCAUCCCCCAGUCACCGAGUGAGCUCCCGAUCUGGAACUACGAUGGCAGCUCGACGUACCAGGCGGAGGGUUCGAACUCGGACGUGUACCUGCACCCGGUCGCGAUCUAUCGCGAUCCGUUCCGCCGUGGCAACAACAUCCUCGUGCUGUGCGAAACCUACCGCUACGACGGCACACCGACCGAGUCGAACAAGCGCAAGGCGUGCCUGGAGGUGUGCGAGCGGGCGGCCGAGGAGCAGCCGUGGUUCGGUAUCGAGCAGGAGUACACGCUGCUGGAUGUGGAUGGCCGUCCGCUCGGCUGGCCGAAGAACGGUUUCCCGGGACCGCAGGGCCCGUACUAUUGCGGCGUCGGUGCGGACAAGGUGUACGCGCGCGACAUCGUCGAUGCGCACUAUCGGGCCUGUCUGUACGCGGGCGUGAAGAUUUGCGGCACGAACGCGGAAGUGAUGCCGGCCCAGUGGGAGUACCAGGUGGGCCCGUGCGAGGGCAUCCAGAUCGGGGAUGAUCUGUGGAUGUCCCGGUUUCUGCUGCACCGCGUGGCGGAGGAGUUUGGUAUCGUUGCCACGCUCGACCCGAAACCGAUGCAGGGUGACUGGAACGGGGCCGGUGCGCACACGAACGUUUCCACCAAGACGAUGCGCGAACCGGGCGGCCUGGCGGAGAUCGAAAACGCGAUCAGCAAGCUGGCGAAGUGCCACGAGCGUCACAUCCGCGCGUACGACCCGAACGGUGGAAAGGACAACGAGCGUCGCCUGACCGGAAAGCACGAAACUAGCUCGAUCCACGAUUUUAAUGCCGGUGUCGCUAAUCGUGGCUGCUCGAUUCGUAUUCCGCGUGGCGUUUCCGACCAAGGGUUCGGCUACUUCGAGGAUCGCCGUCCCAGCUCCAACUGCGAUCCGUACAGCGUGGCCGAGGCUAUCCUGCGCACGAUCAUCCUCAACGAGUAAGAGACGGAACGACCGGUGUCGUCGUCGUCGUCAUUGACGUUGGACAUUCCACAAGCCUUUUGGAGAGUUGUAUUUCCAUGCCUGCACUGUGAGGAAAAAAAGGAGAGAGGCGAAAGAAAAAAAAGGAUGCAUUCAGUAGCUACACACCGACACCGAUCAGUUAUACGAUCGGGUUAUCUUUCGCUCUCGUUAUUUUAUGUUUAAUUUGUGCGUGUAUAUCAUGGCUUUGGCUGCCUUUUUCUCCUGCUCCCUCUGUUUUUCUUGUGCCGUUUCAUAGUUUAUAGAUUGUGCGAUUGAGACACGAGUGCGCACGUGCAUUACAUUGAAUUAGUUUCUCUUACCUCAAGCCCUCAACACACACACACACACACGGUGUGGUGGGGUGAAGCCCGUGUUACAACUUUUGAAUUUAUUCACAGUACGCAACGCGCAAGCGAAACCAGGUUGUUGAUGUAUCUCGAAAACGAAAUAAAAGCCCAAUGUAAUAAUAGUAACGCA